AUGACUACACGUCGCACUCGCAGCAAAGCAGCAACGCCACCAGCAACUCCAUUGUCUAUUGGCAGUCCAAGGGGCCGUCGCACAACCACACGAGGAGGGAAUACCCCUAAAGCAGCCCGUAUAGUUGACGAGUCAGAUACAGAAUCGAGGGCUAGCAACAAGAGUGCGGGAUCAAGCACAACACGAGACAAGCUUCCGUCUUGGUUGGAGAAGCAGCUGGCUCAAGACAUUGAACAGUACGGUCUUCAUAGCAUUGGUGUUGGAGCAGGGAAAAAGAGAACUCUCAAGCAGAUCCUUGAUCAAGGAGACGAAAGGCAUUACGGCACAAAGUCUGCGCCAAUUCGAAGGACACUUGGGCAGAAGAUCCGAAGGUGGAAGGAACUCAGCCGCGAGAAAUAUCUUUUGAAACUAUCGAAGCUUGGGGUAGUUCCCUUCGAAGCAAGAAACAAGAGCGUGACAGAGACUGAAGCGUAUCGAGAACCAAAGAAAGAGUGGGAACUCACAUCUUCAGACGAAGAAGUUGAAGACAAGAAGACAAAGGAGGUUCCCAAGUUUGUAGACGUCAAGAGCCCAAAUAGUCGCGACGCUGUGAAUUUUGGUGGGCACUUUCCGUUAGCAUCACCAUCUUUCGGACAGCCACCCAGUCCAGUAAUUGAAGAGAGCGAACCUUUGGAACAAUCACCACCAGCACGCAAGAACUCAGACGUGAAGAUGGAUCCAACCAAGCAACAUCCGAGGGGAUCACCGAUUGUAGUUCCUAUUGGAGUUGAUAUUGAAUGGCCGGAAAACAACCGUGAGGUCUUGGUCUUUUCGACGAAAGACCUCCCUCGUGUCGACAAGGAUGAUGCCACUCUCCCCGGAUACUACUUGCUGCUGCCGAUGCAGUCGGAAUGGGUGAAGAAGGACCUGAAAGUUGACUGCUAUAAAGGACGGGUUUUGGCGGCCAACAUUGUGAGCUUGACGGUGCCUGCAUGGGAUCAUGACGUUAUCAACGGAUCGCAGGGGUGGGAAGCUUCGAAUGCUCCAAAAGAUGUCAAGGACAGCAUUCAAAAUGCACGUCAUGAGCACUACGAUUCGGACACCCCACGAGAGUGGGUUACUUUCCACUUACAUUUUCCAUCGAAGCAUCAGCUUUCUUCCAAAGAGGUCUUUGCCGAUGCAGGUGAGGCUCAAAAUCUCGAGUGCGAUUUCUUGAAGGUCCCGAUCAACAAGAAGAAAACUCAGUUCAAGAAAUAUGCGAUGUGGAGGGUUGCCCGCUUGGAUGUGAGGGGGUAUAAACGCGGCAAGAUUGAAACGGAGAAAGCAAUGAGCAAGAAUGCUCAAAAACUUGCUGCUUUGGGACUCGACAGCGACGACGAAGAAGAAGAACAAGAGGAGGAGAAUGAUAACUCGAAGAAUGGCGGUGGUCCUCCCGUUGUCGAACAGUUCAAUGACGAUGGUAACACCCUUUUGUUUCCAGCAGGUCAUGUGAUGCUACGUGUCUUCGAAAUGAUGCCAGAGGAUACGAGGAUGGUUGUUCUUGGACUCCGAACACAGCAACAACAAGAAAAAUAUAUCUUAGGAUGGCGUCAGCGAGUGGAAGAUGACCGAAAGAGGAGGGGGGAAGAAAUGAAACAGCAGCAGGAAGACGACACAGCAUUCUUAGACAAUGCUCUCUCGGAUAUGCAAGAUGAAAUCGAUUUUUAUACCUCAUAUCAUACGAAGAAGCGAGAUGCCAACGAACUGGACCAUGGUGAUGGAGAGGGAAACUUGGACCGGUGGGUAGACGAAUAA